ACUAUGUUACAUUUUAUAGCAAAACAUUUUAUUGAUUCAGUGAUUUUAUGGUUUACGUUAUUUCGAUUUAAUAUGCAAAGUCGUAAACAUAAUUCAAAAACAACCAGAAAAAGAAAUUGAGUAUCACAGUAUCUCGGAACUAUUUCUAGUUCAGGAUAAACUGUUCCUUGUUGAUGAUCGCAGUGGUUUGUGACUCAGACCCGGCCACUCGCAAUGACACAGACGGGGAAGCGUUCUUUAGGGAUAUUGCUAAUGGGAAAAGCCUUGACUAUAAUAAUGAUGUCAGUGGCUGUGCACUCCAGAAUUGCUGACAUGCAAUGGCAAAGAUGGGAUUGGUCUGAGCCGAACAUGGAAAACUUCUUCCGAAGGAAUCCUAAAAUGUUUAUAAAGACACCGCAAAUGCAUUGCGAAUGUCCUCCUUUCAAAGAAUGCGAGGUUGAAUUCCAGCCAAAUGAGGACAUGAUUGACUUUCUUCAUCUCCGUGGUGUUAUUAAUGAAACAAAAGCAGAAGAGUACAAGGAGGACUUAAAAAAAAUUAGCGAUUCUCCUGAGCCCUCCUUCAAAAAUAAGAUCUUGGAACGAAGAAGGAGAAUGAACAGACCCGAAGAUGACCAGAAAAUUGAUAAGGCACAGAAUCUAGAGGACAGAGAACAUUGCUGCUGCCCUCCACAUAGCAUAAUGUUGCCUACAUUUAUUACAGACCAAAAGUUCGACGAACUUGUGGAACGAAUUGAAGAUAGAUAUAGGAGCAACAGAAAAAACCUUCAGAAUGGUUUUUAGCGGGAAUACAGGUUUAUUAUACGGAAUUUUGGGUGUAAUUGAUUGUUGAUUUAAUUUUUGUUCUUUGAUCUUAUUCUUUGAAAAUAAACACCACACCUGUGCAAA